UCAAACGGCUAGGAGAGUUAAAUUCGAAGACAAGGUAAGAAAGGAAUGUUUUUAUGAUGGUUCUGAAGUUUAUCAUAGAAGGACGGGUAUCUGGAUCGGGCCAUAUCGAAAAUAUAUUGAACAUUAAGAUCGUCAUAAAUUAUUUUAUUUGUAACAAAGUAGCUUAAAGAAUUUUACGACGAGCUUUGGAUUGUAAGAAUUAAAUAAAAUAGGAAAUCGAUGGUUUAGUGGAGCCCCAAAGCUCGACCCCGUAAGUCCAAAUAGGCCUUAUUAUAGUAAU